GGGGGGGGAAAUAGUGCUGCUCGUCAUGUACACAAACGGGACAGCUUAUCCUGAAAGGAAAGGUACACUUUAAAUCUACCGGCACCUUCAUAGCCCGAGAUGACAGCGAUCAGGAAACAGAUAUCCUUUCACCGGAGAGUGAUCGGAGUUACUCUUUAACAUUCUAUUGAGUCCUUUUGCAGCAGAAUUCUCACACAUAAUACAUUACACAUGCAUCUAUGAAUGGUAAGAGUAUGAAAUGCAUUUGUCUUAUUUGGUCCCCUUUAUAAAUAAUUAAAGGGGUACUCUACUGGCCAACGUUCGGAACAUUUAGUUCCGAAUGCUGUCAGCGCGUGUUGCGGUGGCCGCCACGCCCCCUUCAUAGACAUGCAUUGAGAGGGCGUGGCCCGACAUCACGAGGUGGCUUGGCCGACCCCCGCAGCGCACGCACAGCGUUCGGAAAUAUAUGUUCCAAACGCUGGCCAGUGGAGUACCCCUUUAAAGCAGCGUCUGAAAAGAAAUACAACACAAGACACGGAUCUGGAUGUGACUGCACUAGGGUUGCCAUUUAAAGGGGUCCUCCACAUAGGACCGUUCAAAAAAGUAGGGAUUGUCCAAUGACAAUAUGCUUAGGAUUAAUUUUCCCUGCAGCGCCACAACAGGAGAAACCAAGCAUUACACUGUGUCCAUUAAAAUCAAUAGGUUGUCUGGAUAAUGCAGGACAGGAAAGGUCCUCCGGAAAAGGAGACGCUGUUUCUAAACUCGCUUAACCCAAGUCCAGAGGGAACAGUGGGGCAGUGUUUUCCAACCAGUGUGUUCUCAGCUGUUGCAAAACUACAACUCCCACCAUGCCCGGACAGCCUUCGGCUGUCCGGACAUGCUGUGAGUUGUAGUUUUGCAGCAGUUGGAGGCACCCUGGUUGGAAAACACUGCAAGGGAGGAAGCUCUGCCAAUUAGCUCCUAGAGAACUGCAAAUUACAGAUAAAGCCUGCAGAGCAGAAAUCUGCUUUAAAAUACCAUAUACAAGUUAAAUAAUGGCCAGAAAUAGUGCUUCCCCUCAAGGACACACAGGGUAUAUAUAGGAUAUAUAGAAGGGAAUUUUACUUGUAUACUGACAUGACAUAUUGGCACGUCAGUAUAUAACAGUAUGCACCACUCCAUUUACGAAAGUAAGUGUCAGGUUCGGUUGGGUUUAUAUUCAUAGGUAUCUUCAGGUCACGUGUGUGUAUAUAGAUAUUUACAGCUCCCAUUGGCCUUUGAUCUUCCAUGCUAUACAUUACCUUAUGUAACCUUAUGGGAUGAGAACAGGGAGAGAAUAGCUUAUCAGUAAUGCUUUUACUCAUGCUUUUUACUCAUUGCUCAGGGGUUACUGACCUGCCCUUAAAUGGAAUGUGUUACCUAGAUUUUUUUAUUUUUUUCAGAGUAAAAAAAAAAUAUGUUUCUAUUUUCUGAUUGUAAUUUAUUUAUUUUUUAUUUUUUGUAAAUUAUUAUAGGGGCAGCCAUGUUGCCUGAGCUGUUUUAAAAGCCUUUAGUGCUUUAAAGUAAGCCCCAUGCUGUCCUAUUUACUAGAAUUGGAAAUGUUACUGGACAUUCUCUGUGACCUUUAUAGAUGUCAUUCUAAAGGGAGGGGGAGGCUGAGCUGUGAGCAACCGCUAUUGUGUGUACCUCUUAUCUACUGGUGUCGCCUUUCACUGUAAUCCUGUCUGAGAUGAUAAAGAGGAGACUGCUGGGAAGUGAUCUGAACAGAUCAGGAAGUUUGAGCUUAAUUUGAGGCCUAGUGGCCAAAAUGGAAACUGCAAGAGGUUAAGAUUAUUUUAAAAUAUAGAGGAUUUAUCAUUGUUGCCUUUGGAAACGGAGUUUUGAAGUCUUCUUUUGGUUUUGCCUAUGUGUGACAUAUUCAUCAUACUAUCACGGGGGGUCUGACAAAUUUACAAAAUACUGUUGAAAAAAAAAAAAGAAAUGUUGUAGAGAAUUAAAACGAAAACUACACAACACUCUUAGUAAGUUAGGGACAGUAUAUUGUUUCUUGUUUGCUUUAAAUGAAUCAUAUAUAAAGAAGUGAAGAUUAUUUGGAUAAUAAACAGUGUGCGUGUACUUUUCUGAAGACUGUUGCCCUAUUGGGAACAUAGAGCACCCAGUUUUUCACAACACUAACACCCAAGAUCACCCGUUCUAUAAGCAUUAUAGUAAGGCUGAAGAGGUCUCCACUACUACGCUAGUUCAGGAGCUUCAAAAUCAAUUAAAGGAAAUCCAUAUGUUGCUGCAGCUAGAGUAUGGAAAAUACAUAUCGGUGCUAGGAGACAUGGAAGAGAAUACCAGGAGUGAGCAGAGAGACAGUGAGAGACUGUCCGCGAGUUACCCUGACGCCCAAGAAGCUUGCAAAGGUGAAGAAAAGUCAGACCGAGACAGCUCGAAGAAAGAGACAGACCAAGGACAGGUGUCUGUCAGAAGACAAGAGAAUGUCUUAGGGUCCAGCAGCGAGAGUGAGGAGACAGCUGUAAGAAAGAGACCUCUGAAAAACUGAGCCGGUCCUGAUGAGAAAAGGGGCAGGUUCACGAGUCUGUGGCAGUGGAACAAAAGUCUGGGAAGCAGAGGAAUGAGGACUCCAAACAACCAAAGGCUAAAGAGUCUGAAGACAAUGAGAAGAAGCCAUGAGAGGUCCUCAGAAGCGGAGACUGAGGUGAAGCCAUAUAGGAAGUCCUCAGAAGUGGAGACUGAGGUGAAGCCAUAUAGGAAGUCCUCAGAAGCGGAGACUGAGGUGAAGCCAUAUAGGAAGUCCUCAGAAGUGGAGACUGAGGUGAAGCCAUAUAGGAAGUCCUCAGAAGCGGAGACUGAGGUGAAGCUAUAUAGGAAGUCCUCAGAAGCAGAGACUGAGGUGAAGCCAUAUAGGAAGUCCUCAGAAGCAGAGACUGAGGUGAAGCCAUAUAGGAAGUCCUCAGAAGCGGAGACUGAGGUGACGCCAUAUAGGAAGUCCUCAGAAGCAGAGACUGAGGUGAAGCCAUAUAGGAAGUCCUCAGAAGCGGAGACUGAGGUGACGCCAUAUAGGAAGUCCUCAGAAGCGGAGACUGAGGUGACGCUAUAUAGGAAGUCCUCAGAAGCAGAGACUGAGGUGAAGCCAUAUAGGAAGUCCUCAGAAGCAGAGACUGAGGUGAAGCCAUAUAGGAAGUCCUCAGAAGCAGAGACUGAGGUGAAGCCAUAUAGGAAGUCCUCAGAAGCGGAGACUGAGGUGAAGCCAUAUAGGAAGUCCUCAGAAGUUGCAGAGACAUUGACAUUUGAUAAUGAAAAUCCUGGGGCAGAGAAGUUCUCUGAGGCAGAGGCUAAAUCAGAGACUGUAAAGGUCGUGUCCCUAAAGAAAAGGCUAAUCAGAAAGCAGAGUCCUUAAAAAGAGGUCACUGUGAUAGAAGACUGGGUCAUGAUAGAAACACUCAGAGGCGCUGGAUUUGUUCCAGAAAACGCUGGAAGAAAGUCAGCAGAUGUAGGACUUGGAGUAGACUCAAGGAGAAGAUGGACAGGUGAAUUAAAGGGAAGCCUCCUGAAAUUGUGGAGAAUGUCUUAAGUCCUGCAAAUGGGGGAUACAAGCUUGGUUGGCCACCAGCAAAGUUCAGGCGGUGGUCAUCCUGUUGAUGGAAGAAGACAAAGGCCUGGAACAUCUGCCUUGUCCGCACCUAGUGUCCAGAGCACUGCGCAGACCAAGAUGAAGAACCUGGCGUUGAAAAGGUGUGACACGAAUAGAGCCUUCUACAAGGGAUUUGUCAGGCAAUUAAAAUUCUGUGCUCAGUGGCUGGUGAAAGUGCGAAUGAAAGAAGGGUGUGCCAUUGAAGUGGUGCAUAUAGAAUCGGCUGAAGAAGUAAGCAAAGUGCCUCAAAACCUGCUGGACGAAGUUGGUCAAGAAAAAGGAAAGGCAGCUGUACAUUGUCUUUUGAAGUCAAGUGCUCCUCCCCGGUGGAGCAGAGGGGAAAGGGAACAUGUGGCAUUGAGGCAGGAUUGAGGGCAUUGAAAGGGUGGGUUUCCCAGUCCUUUAUCCUAGGUGAACCAGCAGACACACUCAUCAGGUGCCUAAUCAACACAGAACAGCAGGAAGGGCAGAUAUUUAAGAGUCCAGGAAGUGUAGUCUGGACUUUCCCCAGAAGACAGCAGGGUGGCUGUGAGGGAGAGGCAAGGGGUCCUUGCAAGGAGCCCACUGCCAGGCACUGUGAGUGACCCACAAGAGUGAAGUGGACUGUGACAAGUUGUGUUAACACAGGUGAAGUGUUAGUUCUCUUGUAUGAGAAAGACAAGGGGUCUAAGAAGAAAAGGCAAGAGGACGCAAAUGCUGUGUGUGAACAGUAAGUAAAGGUUGCAGGAUGUAUGUUUUAACUGGCAGGGAAAAACCCUCCAGUUGAUAGGGCAUGCUGUUUUGUAGUUAGUGGUUGUACUGCCUAGGUGUUUAUUUUUGUUUCCUGUGUUAUGUUUUUGUUUAUCCUGCAACCUAUCUAAUAAAGCUGGCAAGGAGACAGUUUUGCAUGAGGAAAUUGCAGUUUUCCUGCUGAAUGAAGUAAAAACGUGUGCUGUGACAAAGGACGAACCCCGAGCUAUCCCCAAUACAUUUAUUUCUCACUAUACAUUCGUUUUUCUAUUUAGAUUACGUUGAGGUUAAAGGGGUACUCCGCCCCUAGACAUCUUAUCCCCUAUCCAAAGGAUAGGGGAUAAGAUGUCAGAUCGCUGCGGUCCCGCUGCUGGGGAGCCCUGGGAUCCC